AUGGAAAACCAGUUGGAGGUAGAGCAGGAAGACUCACCAGGUCUACAAUUGAUAAAUUGCAAAGUACUAUGGUAUAAUGCCAUCAUCAGAAGGUGUGUUGAUAAAAAAGCAAAAACUGAUCCAGAAAUUGAGAAUACUGUAAAGAAAAUGCAGUGUGCGGUGAAAGGAGUAUUGUAGAUAAGUAAACAAGGCAUCAAUACUGUCCUGAUGGUGAAAGUUCUUGGUGUUCUUACAAGAGAGACAAAGAUGUUGGAACCAAUGCUCCUUUUGUGAACAAAUCGCAUCAUUUUGAUCCUGUCUUUUUAGAAUUGUUAACCCCGCUAUUCAACAGACUAAGUGAAGAAGUUGUUGAAGGAGUACGUACCAGGACUUUCACAGAAUGUGGAACAGAUGUCCAAAGCACAAAAACGGAGGGAUCAAGUCUGUUGAGACAGCAACAGCCUCAGCAAUAA